CAUGGUACAGUCCCUAUCGCAGGGUGGGGGAGCGUGUGGGAGAGGCGCACAGAUUCUGUCUAACGGAGAAGGAAACGGGCGAAAAACAUGACUCACAAUCGCCCCAGAGAAGGUUUCCACCUUGAAGGAAUAAAACUAUUUUUCCCGUUCUGAGAAGGACGAGUUUACGAGGACAGUAAGUGUGAGAGAAGAAAGCGGAAGCAGACUGACGAGUGGGCCCGUCAAGAAGCGAAAGGCAGCAAGCUCAGGAACUCUGGAAUUGGUUUCUUUUGUUUACUCCGAGGCGACUCUGAAGUUUUGGAUUGUUGCAGUUCAGUCGUUGUUUGCGAUAUUACUAGCGAGUAAUUACCUCAGAGACUCGACCUCUUCCUGGACCGUGUUAUUGUGCCGGUGUUUCGGAGUGUAACGCGGCCCGUCGUCGGCUUUUGUCUAACGCGGGGAACAUUGGGCCCCAGCGCACAGACCCUGGAGCUAUACUGCCUCUCAAUAUUUCCUCCGCUUCUGAGCCGGAGCUGAAGUUCCUCGGCUGAGGUGAAGUGUUCCCGUGCUGGUGGUUCGUCACUUUGCGCCAGCCGGCGGUCCCGUUGACUCGUGAAUGCUCAAGUACAGUUAGAGUAACUUUGUGUGGAGCUACACACCUCUGAAGCAACAAGGCGCACUGGAUUGCGCAAAAAAGUGCUUCUUAUUAAAGCUGAGUGUAUACUAAUAUUGUUUGUCUAAUAAAAGGGCGCCUUUUUAGCCUGACAGAGGGCAGCCACCUCUUGCUGUAGGCUUUGAAGGGAAACGGCACAGAACUCCGUGGAGCUCAGGCUGAAUAUACUGUGUGACUUUCUCGGUGCAGGCUGUUUGUGUCACUUGAUUAAUCUGAGUGAUCACAUCACUCUGCGCUGUCCUACUCUGUCUGGCAACGAGUCCCCCAGAAAGCACCAGUAAUUGGGGCUAUUUUUAGUGUCAGGGAUGGGGUAAAAGCAGGCAGCUGGAAACCCAACUCCCCUCCAUCUCCUUCUCUUCCAUCCCAUCUAUCAUCCUACCUCGCUCGUCCACCUGGCAGUAUGCUUGGCGAGCCUGGUUAGCACAGGUUCCACUUACAGCUAGUUGAGGUGGCUUAUAAGUAGUCUGAAAAAAAGACACAGCAACAAGUGGACAUAUUCUGCUUCAUAAUAAAAAAGAUGUGCUAGAACCAUACUGACCAUGUAGUCUAAGGAACCUGGCAAAACUAGCAGUCCUGUGUUCCACUAGUCAAAUCUGCAGCAGACACAAAGCCCGUUCUGGAUUACUCCUGAAAUGGCUGAAGAACUAGCUACUUACUUUUGGUUUAUUCUGGCCAGGACUUACUGAACGUAUCAAAGAGACUCUAUGCGUUUAUCCCUGGGACGUUUGGCCUAAACGCGUAAUCACAGUAGACACUAGAUUCGAUAAAACGCUUGCUUUUGACUACCUGAAAGAUCAGUCACCAGCGACCUGGAGUGAUAUACACCUCCAGCGCACAGAAAGAAUGCAUGAAACUGCCAAAACCAACCUAACAAAAAACUGACCUAACUAACCAAAUAUUCUUUCCCUUCCACUCCCAUGUCUGCAGAGAGACAGAAUAUAUAUCUAUAUGUACCAUGAGAGAUCUAUAUAUAGUGUAACACCACAAAAGACAGAAAUUACAUCCUUUAUAUUUUUACUUCCGAGAGACAAGCUGCCUGUACACCAUUUGGUUGCCUUAGAAACCACAGUCACAAAAGAUUAAAAAAAUUUUUUUAAAAACAAGCCAGAGAAGACGGUGCCUUUUGAUUGGUUGGUUGGUUGGUUUCCCACCACGUCAAGAUUCCUUUUUUAGUUGGAUGUAAACUUUUGAAGCAAACUCUGGGAUUGAUGACAGUUACCUGACCCGCACGAGUUCUGCUCGUCUGUCACAGCGUUUUGAUUGACACUGUUUCCCUGCUGCAUUGGACAUUUCCAAGCAUUUCCAUGGUUGUCACGUCAUCAUCUGUGGAAGACCAGACUGUGCCCACUUGCAGGAUGGUCCAGUCAGAACCUUGGAUCACCUCAGCCCUGCUCCGCAAGAACAAGAGUGUAAGCAGCUCAGGAUGUCCGCCCACCUCCUCCUCCUCCUCCUCCUCCUCCUCCUCCUCCUCCACUGCCCAGGGCUUCUCCCUCGCUGAGCCAGCCAUGACCAGCCAGCACUCACAUACACACCCCUCCUUCAGCUCCAUCCACUCCAUGGCCGAGCAGCAGCAGGUGCUGUCUGAUAUGACCAUACUCCAGCGGAGAAUUCCCCCUAGUUUCAGAGACCCUGCCAGCGCUCCAUUGAGAAAACUCUCUGUUGACCUCAUCAAAACUUAUAAGCACAUCAAUGAGGUGUACUAUACUAAGAAGAAGCGGCGGGCCCAGCAGGUCCCUCCUGAGGACAGCAGCACGAAGAAGGAGAGAAAAAUCUAUAACGAUGGCUAUGACGAUGACAAUUAUGACUACAUUGUGAAAAAUGGAGAAAAGUGGCUGGACCGCUACGAGAUAGACUCACUGAUUGGGAAAGGCUCUUUUGGACAGGUGGUAAAGGCCUACGACCACCAUGAGCAGGAGUGGGUUGCCAUUAAGAUCAUUAAGAACAAAAAGGCAUUUUUGAACCAGGCACAGAUAGAACUACGCCUGCUGGAGCUCAUGAACAAGCAUGACACUGAGAUGAAAUAUUACAUAGUCCACCUGAAGCGUCACUUUAUGUUUAGGAACCAUCUCUGUUUGGUGUUUGAGUUGUUGAGCUACAACCUGUACGAUCUGCUGAGGAACACCAAUUUCAGAGGAGUUUCCCUCAACCUCACCAGGAAAUUUGCACAGCAGCUCUGUACAGCACUAUUAUUCCUGGCCACUCCGGAGCUGUCAAUCAUCCACUGCGACCUGAAACCAGAGAAUAUACUGCUGUGUAACCCCAAGAGAUCAGCCAUCAAAAUAGUCGAUUUUGGAUCCUCCUGCCAGCUUGGACAGAGAAUCUAUCAGUACAUCCAGAGCAGGUUUUACCGCUCUCCCGAGGUUCUGUUGGGAAUGCCGUAUGACCUGGCUAUCGACAUGUGGUCUCUGGGAUGCAUCCUAGUGGAGAUGCACACAGGGGAGCCUCUCUUCAGCGGCUCCAAUGAGGUUGACCAGAUGAAUAAAAUUGUGGAGGUUCUGGGAGUUCCACCCAGCCACAUGCUGGAUGCAGCUCCUAAAGCCAGGAAGUAUUUUGACAAGCUGUCAGAUGGUCUGUGGACAGUGAAGAAGAACAAGGAUGUCAAGAAGGAGUAUAAGCCCCCAGCCACACGUCGUCUACAUGAGAUUUUGGGUGUUGAGACUGGGGGUCCAGGGGGCCGGCGGGCAGGAGAACCAGGACACGCCCCUUGUGACUACCUGAAGUUUAAAGACCUGAUCCUGCGCAUGCUGGACUACGACCCUAAAAGCCGUAUCACGCCAUUCUAUGCCCUGCAGCACAAUUUCUUCAAGAAAACAACAGAUGAAGGAACCAAUACUAGUUCAUCUACAUCCACCUCUCCUGCCAUGGACCACUCUCAUUCUGCCUCCACUACUAGCUCUGUUUCUAGCUCUGGUGGCUCCAGUGGUUCUUCCAAUGACAACCGCAACUACCGCUACAGUAAUCGUUACUACAACUCUGCUGUUACACAUUCAGACUAUGAGAUGACCAGCCCUCAGGCUCCCUCACAGCAGCAGAUGAGAAUGUGGCCAGGCAGUGAUGGCGGAGGUGGAGGUCAGGAUCCAGGAUACACCCAGUUGCUGCUCCAUAAGCCAGCUGCCUCCCAACAACACCAGCGCCACUUCUUGGACCCGCCCCACCACCCACACCCAACUUACUCCCACCAUGGGAAUGGUGGCCGUGGCCUGAGGCAGGGUGGACAGACAGGCAUCGGCGGAGGUGGGGGCCCACAGGGAUCCUCGCCCCAGAUGAGUGACAGCAUGGAUGUGAGUGUAUCCCUGGGGCUGCACCACCUGGGGGCGGUGUCUUCCAUGGAGGCCUCUCAGUUUGGCUCUGCAUCUCUGCCCCUCGCUCUGCCAAUCGGACUGUCUGCCUUCCGGACUCGGACGGCUCCCACCGCCCCAGGGCCACAAGCCCAGCCCCCUGAAGACUACUACCCUGCCUCCAACAACAAUAACCCCACUGGGGGAGGCAGAGGGAGGCCGGACUCAGACGAGGGGCCAGCCAACUCUUGAUAAAACCUGAACCAUGCCCUAAAGCCAUACAAUUUUAACUACAACUACUACAACUACACACAUACAGCCAGAGUUCAGAGACAAAGAGGUGAACUUUGUGCUGAAGGAGACUUUGUACUGCAUGAGAGGAGGAGGAAGAAGGAGGAGGAUGCUGGGAAAACUCCUUUUUCCUGUUUUAGUUUGUCUUUGUCGCGCCUGUAACUGGAAAGGAAUGAUUGUGACGAGUUUGUUUUUAUUAAUUUUAGUGUUGAUUAAUAUCAUUUGAUUUUU